AUGUUGGGGCAGAGCAUCUGGAGGUUCACAACCUCUGUGGUACAAAGGAGCCACUAUGAGAAGGAUCCUGGGAAGAAUUUUCCAUUUUCAGUGGAAAACAAGUGGUGGCUACUAGUUAUGAUGACUUGGUACUUUGGAUCUGGAUUUGUCACACCUUUCUUUACAGUCAGACACCAACUUCUUAAGAAAUAA